UUGUCUUCUUUUAUUGCAACGGCUACUUUCUGUCUCUUCUUUAUCUUACAGAACUAAAACCAAUACUAGUCCAGUAAACAAACACAACAACGUAACGUUGUCAAUAUCAGAAACUAUGGAAACUUAUAAUAACAGUGGUCCAUUAGUAAUGGUGAUAGAGUAUUUAGAAUCGUCAAUGUCGAAAGAUCUUCUCUGCAAAUUCCCCGACAACUCUGCUUACGAUUUCGACUAUUCCCAGAGCUCUAUUUGGUCUCCUUUAGUACCUCCUCCGCUGUCUUCCGACCGUAGGCUCAGUUUCGGUCUUUCAAGAAAGUUGUCGUACGAGGAUGAUGAAACCUUGUUCGGGAAUAUUAAGAGGAAGUUUUCUAGUGUGCUGUUUGAUAACAUGAAAGUAUACAAAAAUUUGAAGAAGAGACAGAGAAAGGGGUUUGAUUUUUCUCCUGUACCAUCUUCUUCUAAGGUCGGCUCUUGUACUUCAACUCCAAGAAAGGGGUGGGCUAAGGUGCUAAAAGCGGCUUCUAAACAUUUUAAGAAGAAGGGCAAGAAGAAAGAUUCUGCAGGUCAUCUUAAUCUUUCCAAAUGUUUAACUGGCAAUAGUCUUUCGCGCACUACUACAUAUCCAUAGUCAGUGUGAU